GGGCGCGACGGGAAACAUGGAGGAGAAAGUAAACCAAAACAGCAGCUUCAAAAAGCUAGCCAGAGAAUUGACACUUUAUUUCUAAAACUACUGUUAACAUAUAGUUUUCAAACUAAUUGGCUUGAACGUCGACUAAAAGUGUUGAUACGCAUUCAGCCAAAGUAAAAUAUGUCACUUAGUGCAACGUGUGAGUCGGUUUCUCAGAAAAGGACUCUGUCGAGCCUCUUCGCUGGUCGUGUGGUUAAGAGGCUGAAGCAGGAGGAUGGUCAAAGGCUGCAGGAGGCAACAAUCCAGCUGUUGGAACAGCAGCAGAACAUCUGCAGUCUACUCAGGGAGGUGGGGAAUCCACAUCUGUGCAACAUUUUCCGGACUCAGAAUGGAGAACAGAAACAGGCAGAGUCUGAAGGCAUCUCAUCUGCCAUUGCAGUUUCAUUGCUGGUGUGUGAGCUAAGGCGUCAGGCCUUGCAGCUGGGUGUCCCGGUGGCGGUGCUGUCAGUGAAGAUGAUGCUGGAGAGACUGAUGGAGAUCACUGAAACUGAAGAAGUGAAGGAGGAAGAGGACAAAAGGAGUGGGCUUCUCACUUCCUCUCAGAGAGUCCAGCUGUGUCUCCUGCUGGAGUCCAGCAAAGAACUGCUGUCACAGGGAGCCCUCUGCCCUAAACUGCUCUGGCAGGAGUACAGAAGAGAUCAGAGGCUACCAAAGCUGGAGGUGGUGUACCAUCUUCACUUUCACAACAUCGUCACUCUGAAGUACAUCAUAGAGAGUGAUGAAGGAGUGAGGCUGUGGUUGGUGUCUCAGGCGAAGGCUCUGUGCGGUUGGACGCCUCCACGGGGAGAAGAAGACACCAAACAAGUUCAGCGGAAAGUGUUGUCAACUGUGGUUGGAGUCUUGUUGGGAAGUGGCUUUGAGCUGAGCCAGGAGUCAGCAGCUUCAGACAGGAGGAUCUCCCAGCUCUGCUGCUCAGUGCUGGACGACAUGCUCUUCUGGCUUCUAGACACUGUGGAAGAAGGUCUGACGCUGCAGUGUGCUGGAGCAGGAGCUGAGCUAUGGAUUCAGAUAUUUGAUGCUUCACUGUGUGGAGUUUCAGCGUCAGUGGAUACCCUUCAGCGUUUCUUCACACACUCCCUUACACAGACUCUCACUUACAAGCCUCGACUAACAGUGUCUGAUGCCAUCACUCUGCAGAACGAGUGGACCUUUGCAAAAGCAAGCCGGUUGUUGACCUCUCUUUUCUGUAAGCUGGCUGUGAUCUUCACUGUGGAGCAGCUGCUGUGUCACCUGCAGCAGGUUUUGGAAACCCAUGAGGUCAACUGGAAACACGUCCUGUGCUUCCUCUCCACUCUAAUGGUUUACAACCCCUGUGCCCAGAGCAGCCUUAAAGAGCUGCUGUCCAGACUGCUGAGCUCUGCAUUUGAAGGCUAUGACCUGGAGAACAUGAUAACUGCCUUCCUCUUGGCUCGACAGGGUGCACUGGAGGGACCGGGCAUCUUCCCUUCCUACAGCAACUGGUUCAAGAUGUCUUUCGGUGGAGGCAGUGGCUACCAUGCGACCAGUAAGAAAUCUCUGGUGUUUCUGCUGAAGUUCCUGUCUGACUUGGUGCCCUUUGAACCCCCACAGUACCUCAAGGUUCACAUCCUACAACCUCCAUAUGUACCUGUGAAACACCGCAGCCUCCUGAUGGAGUACGUCUCUCUGGCCAAGACCAGGCUGGCUGACCUCAAGGAGCCAGUGGAGGACAUGGGUUUAUAUGAGGAUGUUUCUGGUGCAGCUGGAGCAUCAUUGCAGCCCCAGUGCCAGGCUGUCCAGGAUGUGGAGAAGGCAGUGUCUCUGUUUGAGAGCACAGGAAGAAUCUCUGCCACAGUCAUGGAGGCCAGUAUUUUUCGGAGGCCGUAUUUCCUGACACGAUUUCUUGCUGCUCUGCUGACACCGAGGAUACUUCCUGUCAAAGCUGAUGCUCGGAUGAGUUUCAUAGAAGCUCUGAAAAAGGCAGAUAAGAUUCCUGCUGCACAGUAUUCAUCUUAUGUGGAGUCCUGCCAGAAACAGAGGCAGCAGGAUGGGAGUGCAUUGUGUCUGGACACUAAUGAUGAUCCUCUGGAGGUCCUGAAGAUUCAGCUGCAGGAGUUCACAGAGCUGGUUGUUGAGGGAAAUGACGGAGAGAUGUCUGCCCAGCUGUCCAGGAUCUCACACACUCUGAGUGUCAUCUUUCCUGGCCGUCCUGAUGAGCUGAUUGGACAGACAGUCAUCACAAUUCACUUAAACACCCCUCCGUCCCCUGAGCUCCACGUCAAAGUUGUCAACAUGAUCCUGAGAAACUUCUGCCAGUGCAUGUUGGACGCUUCCAGAGCAAACCCUCCUAAUAAACAAAGUCUGUGGGCCUCCAGAUUCGUCAGUGUGAUGCUUGGUAACACACAGUUCCUCUCCAGCCUUAUAUGCAGACUCUGGGACCUAUUUCAUAACCAGGGGUCGUCGCUGAGUGCUGCCCACUUACUCGGCCUGGCAGCAUUAGUGGUCCAUCUCCACGCCUCCAUGUCCCAUAGUCCUCUGGUUCAGCUGGUCCCGCCCAUUCUGCCUACGCCGGUACCUGUUGGAGAAGCUCUCAGCUCGGCACUGGUCUGCAACACACAUGUUGACAUGCUCUUCUGUGUCAGGUUGUGUGUGGCAGCUGUGUGUUAUGGGAUCUGCAGAGGGGACUCACUGCCUCAGCAACAACAGCAGGACUACAUUCUCAACAGCCUCUAUAAGAAGCUUCUCUACCUCAUCCCAAGACUGUUGCCUGAAGCCAGAAGAACUGCCAUUACUGCUGGCGGUCCAGUUAGUGAACACCAGGAGGAGAAGCUGCCCGGCCUGUGGAGCAGUAUCACAGACACCAACAGCACCUGGAUGAAGACUGCUUGGCAUCUGUGGAGGCACCCAGCGUUCCGUCAGCUUGAACACAUGCCACAGUAUCAGUUUGUUUUCUCAGAAUGGCUGGCUAGUGAGCUCAGAGUACAUAGAAGUGAAGAUGCUCUGUCAGACCCAGAACGUCAGGAGUACCAGCAAUGGGCCUGCCUGGAGCUCUACCUGUCUCGUCUGGAGGAGCAUGGAGGCUGUGGAAGAGACAUGAAGAAACUCUGCUCUCAUCUGCUCAAUGCCAUCAUGGACCAGCAGUUAAGUGACCGGAGCCUGGAAAAGCUAGAUUACAGAGUGUCAGAUACAGGGACCUGUCUGCCAGACAUCCUGUCCAGGUUACAGGAGCUUGUCUACGAGAUGGAAGUGACUGACCUCUUUGGCAGCCGCCGAAGCACAGCUGAUGUGUGUGACUUCCUGUUUACAUGUGUGUCUGAGAGAUGCUCCUCCUCAGCUUCACUGAGGAUCAGCACUGAGCUCAGCCUGCAACACACACUGAACACAUGGAACAGAGUACUGCUGGCUCUCCCAGCAGUGUUAUUGAUUAAAGUAAAGUCUGAUGGGGGGAGGGCGACUCUGGAGUGCAACACGCUGAUAGAACAUGUCAACCAGCAUCAGAGGAAGGUGUGUUCUCCGGCCGGUUUGCUGUCCUGCCAUCUAACAGCACACCUCCUGAGAGGUGUGUUAUGUGCCAGCGUACGUUGCGGACGCCCACAGGAAGAAGUCAACAAAGCCUGGUCUCAGAUCAGUCUACGCUGUCCUCUGCUCCUGGUCUCCACGGUGCACUGGUGGGAGCGUCUAUCUCCAUUGCUGUUGUCACUGUGGCAUCGGCUGUGUGAUGGAGAGCCUCUACCAGAGCAUCUGCAGCUCCUCGCUGACUGUCACAACUGGGCCAGCAGUUUAGAGAAGGGGCUGUCGUCGUCGGCAUUGCCUGCAGCUGCAGCUCUGCUGCUGGCUGCCAGCCUGCAUCGUGCCUGGCGAGGCCAGGGGUGUGGCAACCAGGGCUUCAGUGCAGCCCUGAAUAUGCUGCGACCAGAGAGGGGCACAGAGUACCGACAGGUGCUAGUUUUUCUGCUUUUCCUGUGUGUAAAUGACCAUCUGUCAUCACUCCUGUAUCCUCAGGACAGGAGCCAUCAGAACGCCACAGAUUUAUGCACAGACCUUCUGCUCGUGUUAGUGGACUCGGCUGACUGGCUGCUCAUCUUUGAAUCAAACAAACAAGGUGUUUACCAGUCGAUCACCAUGGUGACAUCAGAUGAGUUUACUCGACUGAUGCCUUGGGCCUUCUACAGCCUGCUGCUCCAGCAGAGUGCUGAGCUGCUACAGAGAGCUGUGUGUUGUCCAGGGUUCCUCCAGACUGCUGUCCUCUGCUACAUCAGUCUACUGCAGCUUUUCCUGGAAGGACACACACUUACACCAGCCAAUCAGAUGGAGCCUUUCCAGAUUCUGAGCUACGCCAAACAGUUUCUUCUGAGAGCGAUCUCGCGGACGCCUCCAACUGCUCUGUCCUCCAGCCAACUCCGACAGCUGGAGUCCCAGUGUGCAGACCUGGACCCAGAGGUUGCAGCGGCUCUCUCUGUGCACCUCGACCCUCACAGCCUCAGCCCAGAGAUGGACUUCCUCUGAAAAGCCGCAGACUGACGUUCAGACAGAGAAACUGCCUAAAGUGAACCGUGAAACCCACAUGACUACAAAAAUCUUCUCUAUUCCCUCGAGCUUCGGAGGGGUCUCUUUCACAGUAAUGGUAACUGACGAUUAGCAGGUACUUUAUUUGUUUUAAUGUAAUCCAACUUUAUAUCUAACAGAAACAUGUUCCUCUCUGUCAUAUUUAUUAAACACUGUUUAGAUCUUACCAGUUUUACCAACAUUUUAUUUGUCUUUUUAUACAUAAUGCACACAGGACUUUAUUAUACACGUUCAUCUGAAGCCCUUUUUACAAUACAGAUUUACACUCUUAAAAGUACUUAGCAUUGUAAUAACUUAAUAAAAAACAGUGACCUAAUACAAUUGAACUGAAUGUUCUUGGAAAUCAUUCUGCACAACUAUUUGCACUGUGAGGCAGUAACACAGCACAUACGAGUGCUUCACAUAUAUGAAGGUAACAAGAAUAUUACAUUAUAGGACUUAGAAUUGAAUGCAUGUAGGUUACGCAGUUGUUAACCUGUGGCUGCUACUGCGUACUUCAGCUAUCAUAUAAAACUGUAUUGUUACUUUAUUUGGCUGCGCUGUAAACCGAUACGCCAACUGCUAGUAUACCAGUGGUUAUUUUUAUUAAGUCCCAAUCUGUGUGGGAACAAAACGCCCCACAUGUGACCCUCCAGAGAUUUGUCAGUGAUACCAUGUGAAGGAGCUUUCCUUCUGCUGUUUCCCCGAAAACAAGCUGAAACCUAAACUUGUGGUAUAAUUGUCCUGACAAUGAAAAGAAAGAUUAAGUUUGGAAUGGAAAGUGAUACUUGAAAACUGUAAAGAGCUAGUUUAGAGAUGGUAAUUAUGAGCAGGUUGGUCAAUAAAAUGAAACUUGAUGUUGAA